AUGUCUCCCAAGGCGGAGAGGAGCAGCCUCAAGCGCAAUAGACGCAGCACAGGCGAUGACCAGGAACUCAAAAAGCCUCGUCGUUCACAGAGAAUUUCCUCUCAGUCCCAGAAAGAUCCGCAACAGCAGACACCGCUCAAGAACCAUUAUCUCCCUUCUCCUCUGACGAAUCACGAUUCCACCGCCACCGAGUACAAGGAGCACACAGCAACUCCUCCAGAAGGCCGACCAAGCCAAAUCCGUCAUGUCACACCCUUGGCCUCACCGACGCUUCCUCAGUCCUCGCCUCCCCAAGACACGCAGCCGUUAUCACAAUUUAUAUACCCUCCGCGGGAUAUAGAACCUGAUUUGACUGAUGAGGAUGGUACCUGGGGUUACUUGUUCCCGUUGACGGACAAUGGCCAUCGGCUGCAGAUGAAACGGAGAGCGUUCUGCCCAGCUCCAGCAAGACCACUUGAAGUAUCGAGGCAGACUGUCAAGAGCAAGAAGCGAGGCAAGAAGGACCUGAUUGAGGCAGAGAGUGAGUACGAGCAGGGGAAAAAUGAGAAAGGAUUCCCAGCCGGUGGAUAUUUAAUCGGGAGACACCCCGAGUGUGACAUGGUCCUCGAUAUCCCGACCGUGUCGAAUCGACACUGCUUGCUUUUCAACGAGUCGCGCAACGGCGACAUGAUAGCUAUUCUUGAAGAUUUGUCAAGCAACGGCACCUUUGUCAACGAAGCAUUGCUGGGGCGCAACAAGCGACGGGAGCUCGAGGAUGGCGACGAAAUCACGAUUUUGGACGAGGCGAGGUUCGUUUUCCGUUACCCGAGAAAUCGAGACUCCAGUGCUUUCAACUCGCGCUACAGGAUACUACAGCAGCUAGGAAAGGGUCAUUUUGCAACCGUCUACCUCUGCGUGGAACGAUCAACAGGAUUCAAGUUCGCGGUCAAAAAGUUCGAGAGGCGAAUGGGAGAGUCGCAGAAGUCACAGACUGAAGGCCUGGAGCAAGAAAUUGCCGUGCUGAUGAGUGUCAGCCAUCCAAAUGUUCUCUGCUUGAAAGAGACCUUCGAUGAGCUGGAUGGAGUAUAUCUGGUUUUGGAGCUGGCUGCCGAAGGGGAACUCUUUAACCUGAUUGUGACCAAACAGAAACUCACCGAGGCCGAGACGCGCAAGGUCUUUAUCCAACUAUUCCAGGGAACGAAAUAUCUGCACGAACGAAACAUCGUCCACCGAGACAUCAAGCCUGAAAACAUCUUGUUGACCGACAAGAACUUGUCUGUCAAGCUGGCAGAUUUUGGUUUGGCGAAGAUUAUAGGAGAGGAGUCUUUCACGACAACGCUCUGCGGCACACCAAGUUAUGUGGCACCGGAGAUCCUAGAGAACACUCGACAUCGGAAGUACACCAGAGCAGUAGAUGUGUGGUCACUCGGCGUGGUCUUGUACAUCUGUCUGUGCGGCUUCCCACCCUUUUCGGACGAACUAUAUUCACGAGAGAACCCAUACACACUUGCGCAACAGAUCAAGAUGGGUCGCUUCGACUACCCUUCACCCUACUGGGACUCGAUAGGCGACCCGGCGCUCGACCUGAUUGAUCGCAUGUUGACGGUCGACGUCGAAAAACGCAUCACCAUCGAUCAAUGUCUGGAGCACCCUUGGACCCGAAACGCCGGGUACAUCAACCCUGCAGAUUCCCUGGACGGGCUCACCGGCCAAAUGAGUGCAUUCGACUUUUCAAAGCGGAAAAUCCAACGCGAGCGCACCUUGCUAGCCAACAUCAACGACAUCAAAGUGAGCAAGGUCGUUGAGCUCAAUGGCGGCCAUCCGAUCCAAGGUCAACCCACGCAUAUUGAUGGCUCACCCGCUCAUGUCAAAGUAUGGGAGAAGAACCCUGGCGGUAAGAACGUCAUGAGUUCAGUGGCGGCCAAGAAGCCAGGCAAAAUGUCCAACAAUGAGGAGGCGAUCGCGAGAGAGGAACAUCCCGCGGCAAAUCGGCAGCAGGCAGAAUUCAUGGGCAUGGGCGGCAAGGGGGAUAUGCAAUUAUUCGCCGACGAUGUGACCUCGAGGUAUCACCCGGAGGAGGUACCACAGCGCAGGAAGAAGUGA